UUUGUCGUGCUGCCCUGCCACUUUAUGCAUAUGCUAAAAGGAGGUUUUUAAUCGGCGUCUAAAAUUCGAAACUGCAGAAAAUAUAUUAAAAAAAAAACCAAAAAAGAAUUUAUAUUAAAUUAUUUCUUUAAACUUCCUUUGCUCCUCAUUGAAAUACAUAAAAAUAAUGCCAGCUGUAAUACGUGUAAAGCGUCGCAUCGAUGAGGAGCCUUUGUCGGCCUUUGUCUUGAAUAGCAAAAGAAGACGCUUAGAAAACGAGGCUGAUGGUGGAGGUGCGACAGCAUUGACCAACAAAGAAGAGCUAUCCACGCUACUGAAAUUUGCUGGAACCAUUAAUGAACAGGAUGAUACGGCAACGACACAAUUUGCACGACUCUCCAAGGAUGAGGCCAAAGAAUUGGUACUACGCAAAACACGCAAACCUAGCAACAUCACGGAGAAGGCACGCCAGGAAAUGCGUAAAAACCUUCAAGAGCAGCGUUUUCGCGUUGUCAACUGUCUACGGACCACUGUGGAUGACAACGAAAACAAUGCCGACGAGAAGUCCAAAGAAAUAACCAUUGUUGAUAUAGAAAAACAACAAACAAUUGAUAAUAAGACUGUUGAAACACAAAAAUCCCUAUUGCCUUUGGCAACAUUUUCGCCAGCUGCUGGGGUGAAAGCGAAUGUGGCGGCCGAGGCCUCAACAUCAGCUGCAGCCGCUGGGGCCGCCACAACUAGUUGUGUUGCACCAUCACUGGCCAUGCCCUCAGAUUCGGAUACAGGUUAUGUAUACGAUUUGUAUAUACCGGAUAGUGAACAACACGCCGACUAUGUAGAUUUACUGGAUGAGAAUUAUCUCAGUGUUCGGCCAUUUGAUGAUUUCAUAUACGAAGAUCGUUAUAAUAACGACGAUGAUGACAAUGAGGAAUAUGAUUCGGAAGAUUCGAAUCAAGAAAACUACUUUGCCAAUGAAUACCCAGAUGAAGAUGAUGAUUUGGCCAUGAAUAGCGAUCGUGAUUUUGAUGAAGAAGACGACGAUGAUGAUGCCUCGAAUUUGGCAAGGGGUUUGGAUAAGUUUGUCUUUGGAGACGAUGAUGAAGAAGAGAAAAACGAUCAUUUUUACAGUUCAUCUAGCGAUGAUGACAAUUAUUAUAACGCCUACAAAGAUCCCUAUGUACAUUCUAUUGAUCCCGAAGAGGAGAACUUUUGUCAAGAUGUAGAUAGCUGUGAUGUGGAUCGUUAUGGUGAGGCAUAUGCCCGUUAUAAGGCACGUAUAAUGAAAAAAAUGAAACCCAAAACUGCCGAUGAUGAUGAAGACGAAGAUGACGACGAUGAUGAAAAAUCAGAUAAAAGUGAUUAUGAUGAUAUUUCGUCGUCGGAUUCGUGUGAUUAUGAUGCAUACUAUGAUUCAGUUACGGGAGUUUAAUUUUUCUUUCGAUUUCAUAUCCCAUUUUUGUAUGUUCACAAAUUUAACAAAUUAAUUCUCCGCAAAGGAUACAAAAGGUUUGAAGUGUUAAAACGAAUAUUUAAUUAAUUAAAAUGCCUCAAUAGGUAUGAUAUAUCUUUUUAUUUUAUUGUUAUUAAAUUAUAAAAGAUUUCGUUAUUUCCAUGAAAUUGUGAAUUUUCUAUGUGUGAAGUUUUGUACUUUAUUUAUUUGCUAAUAUAUUAAUCAUAAAUAAAAUGAAAAUGUGCUAUAAAGAGAA